AUGCGCACUGCCUCUCGUCCUCCCGAGUUCAUUUUCCUCAGUACCGCGCGUCUCAGCCGAGUGGAUGGGAAUUUGGACGAGACGCUGCCUAUGGUUUCCCAGCUGUCACAUACAGCCAUGGGGGGCUACUGUAACGGGAAUUUGGGCAACAUGAGCGACCUGCCGGCCUAUCAAGACGGCAUGAGAGGUAGCACGACGGCCACCAGCUGGUACGGAACGAAUCCAGACCCACGCUUCUCUACAAUCUCUCGUUUCAUGGGCUCCUCGUCUGGUAUGAAUAUGGGCAGUAUGAGCACGCUGAGUUCACUGGCGGAUGUUGGCAAAGGCAUGGGUCCGUUGACCAGCACGCCUCGCAGGAAGAGACGAGUACUCUUCUCCCAGGCGCAGGUGUACGAGCUUGAGCGACGGUUCAAGCAGCAGAAGUACCUCUCCGCGCCGGAAAGGGAACAUCUGGCCAGCAUGAUUCACUUGACUCCGACUCAAGUUAAAAUUUGGUUUCAAAACCACCGAUAUAAAAUGAAGAGGCAGGCCAAGGACAAAGUGUCCCAGCAGCAAUUGCAACAAGACAAUGGCUCCUGUCAGCAGCAGCAACAGUCUCCACGGCGGGUGGCCGUGCCAGUGUUGGUGAAAGACGGAAAGCCAUGUCAGGGCAGCAGCCAUACACCCAACACUGGUGUACAAAACCACCAUCACCAGGGGGGAAACGCCAUGAUUAUGUCCAAUAACGGUUCUUCAAUGGGCCAGCAUCAAAGUCAGCAGGUAGGCAGCGCCGGCCAGUCCCCAGAUCUGGGUCAACAUGCUGCAAGCCCCCCAUCUCUCCAAACCCAGGUAUCCGGCCUGUCGCACCUGAACUCUUCUGGUUCCGAGUAUGGAGCUGCCUUGCCCUGCUCCGCUCUGCUCUAUGGCAGGACGUGGUGA